GCGACGGCGACGACAUGGCCUCGGAAUCGGACGUGCGCGCCCAGCUCCAGCGCGCGGGCCAGGAGCAUCUUCUGCGCUUCUGGGCCGAGUUGGCCCCGGGGCCGCGCGCCGCGCUGCUGGCUGAGCUGGCGCCGCUCGAGCCCGACGCACUGCGCGAGCAUUGUAGACGGGCGGCGGCGGCCUGGGCGCGCGCCUCCGGCCCGCCACCCGGCCUAGCCGCGCGCCUGCGGCCCCUGCCUCCGGAGCGCGUGGGCCGCGCGAGGCUCUGCGACCCCGAGACCCGGCGGCGUUGGGAGGAGGAAGGUUUCCGCCAGAUUGCCCUGAACAAGGUGGCAGUCCUGCUGCUGGCUGGCGGGCAGGGCACUCGGCUGGGUGUCACCUACCCCAAGGGCAUGUAUGAUGUGGGGCUGCCCAGCCAGAAGACCCUGUACCAGCUGCAGGCGGAACGCAUCCGGCGGGUGGAGCAGUUGGCUGGCGAGCGCCAUGGGACUCACUGCACCGUGCCUUGGUACAUCAUGACCAGUGAGUUCACACUGGGGCCCACUGCCAAGUUCUUCAAGGAGCAUGACUUUUUCCACCUGGACCCUGCCAACGUGGUCCUGUUUGAACAGCGCAUGCUACCUGCUGUGACCUUCGAGGGCAGGGCCAUCCUGGAGCGGAAAGACAAAGUUGCCAUGGCCCCAGAUGGCAACGGGGGUCUCUACUGUGCUCUAGAGGACCACCGUAUCCUGGAGGACAUGGAGCUUCGGGGAGUGGAGUUUGUGCAUGUGUACUGUGUGGACAACAUCCUGGUGCGACUGGCUGACCCUGUCUUUAUUGGCUUCUGUGUGCUGCAGGGUGCCGACUGUGGGGCCAAGGUGGUGGAAAAGGCGUACCCUGAGGAACCUGUGGGCGUGGUGUGCCAGCUGGACGGGGUCCCCCAAGUGGUGGAGUACAGUGAGAUCAACCCUGAGGUUGCCCAUCUGCGUGGCACCGAUGGUGGACUGAUUUACAAUGCAGGCAACAUCUGCAAUCACUUCUUCACCCGCGACUUCCUCCAGACCAUCACCAGGGACUGUGAGCCCCUGCUACAGCCACACGUGGCUGUGAAGAAGGUUCCCUAUGUGGAUGAGGGGGGAAACCUGGUGAUGCCACUGAAGCCAAACGGCAUCAAGAUGGAGAAGUUCGUGUUUGAUGUGUUCCCAUUUGCUAGGAACUUUGUUGCCUUUGAAGUGCUUCGGGAGGAGGAGUUUUCCCCGCUGAAGAAUGCUGAGGCAGCCAGCCGGGACAACCCUUCCACCGCCAGGCGUGCCCUGCUUGCUCAGCACUACCGGUGGGCUCUGCAGGCUGGGGCCCGCUUCCUGGAUGCACACGGGGCCCAGCUUCCUGCACUGUCCUGCUUACCCCCAGAUGGAGACCCUCCGGCCAUCUGUGAGAUAUCGCCCUUGGUGUCUUACUCUGGAGAGGGUUUGGAAAUGUACCUGCAAGGCCGGGAGCUGCAGUCCCCGUUCAUCCUGGAUGAGGAGCAGGCCGGGGUUCUGCGGCUGCAGGAGAUGUGACUCUCCCAGGCCUACAGCACGGAAGCCCUUGGGUGGAGACGCAGCCGUGUCCUGCGACCCCUUGGAAUGCAGACUGCUGUGCACCUUCAGCCUGCAGGACCCAGAGGGGAAGAUGCUCCUCCACUGAAUGAGAUGCCCCUCCUCCAUCACCUGUAGACACAAGUGACCACCAGCCUGC